UGAGUAAAGUUACCUCAGGUUUGAGAUCACGUGAAAAUAUAAACCCACCAUAUAAAUCACUUGAAUGUGAGUGUAUGUAUACACUUAGGCUGUCAAGUAAACGAGAGCUUCAAGUUUCUACGUCUUUGCUUGCAUACAAAACGGCUUAUAGAGACGACUUGCGUGAUAUUUUGUAUUGAAGCGAAAUGAAGCUGAUCUUUGUAAUCAUGACUCUCACCCUCUUGAUUUAUGGAGUGAAGAGUACUAGUCAGCCAGACUGCAGUCUAGGCUGUGACAAGAGAUUUUGUAGAGAUACAAGUUCCUGUACUUGUGGUACCUUCUGGGACUACUGUAAAUGCUGUGAAUACUGUAAUGCUUGCGCUGGAGAAACAUGCAACUUGCUCUCAGGACAAAGCUGUGAAGAUGGAUAUUUGUGCAGUCCUCCGGAAGGAAGCUCACAUUCUGACGUGUGGACUGGUAGAGUUUCCGCCGUAUGCUUGAAGGAAUAAAAAAAUAAAAUGACAUAUACCAUGCUUGAAGGAAUAAAAAAAUAAAAUGACAUAUGCCAGACUGGCAAACAAUAUUUUAGUCUUUAAUAAUAUGGAAAUAUAUUCAUAGUAAUACUUUCUAACUAAAAAAUACUUUGUGUUUCAUAGUUGUACUUUUAAAUGUUUGUUCCCAAUACAUUAAAUUCUCCACUUCCCUAACAAUAAUUUCAGAUUCUGCUUUAUGAAAUAAACGUUUGUGUAUAAAU